AUGCAGACUUUGGGCUUCGACGGCUCCAUGAUGAAUGGCCUGAACAUCCUCCCAUCUUAUACCGACUACUUCACCUUGACCACGGCCACGCUCUCCCUUAACACAGCGUCCGUGUGGAUGGGCAGUGUCAUCGCAGGCCUCUUUUUUGGGAAAGUGCCAGACUGGGUCGGGCGAAAAUGGGCGCUAUUCUUCGGUGCCGUUCUGACCAUCAUUGGAGUCAUCAUCCAAGCUGCGGCUCAGAACAUUGCCAUGUUCGUCGUCGCACGUAUUAUCGUUGGUUUCGGCACAGGCGCCUCAGCCAUCGCCGGGCCCAGCUAUGUCGCUGAAACUCUUCCUGUCAAAUACCGUGCCUUGGGAUUAGGGUAUGUUGGCGGUUUGAUCGCAGCGGGAGUCACAUAUGGUACUGCCAAGUUCGACUCGACCUGGGCGUGGCGACUUCCAUCUCUGCUCCAAGGACUCUUUAGCCUGAUGUGUCUUUCACUUCUGCCCUUUACCCCCGAGAGUCCUCGUUGGCUAGUCUCUCAAGGCCGUCAUCAGGAAGCACUAGUCUCUCUCGCUGCAACUAGCUCCAAUGGAAACACCAACGACGCAGCCGUGCUCAUCCAGUACCGCGAAGUCACAGAUACAUUGUCGUUCGAACAAACGUACGAAAAGCCUUCGUUCAUCGCCCAAUUCCUCAACAGUGCGUCAACUCGAAAGAGGAUCUUUCUGGUCAGCCAGGUGGCACUCUUCUCCAUGCUGGCUGGAAACAACAUUAUUUCGUACUACUUUGGUACCAUGCUCACCCAAGCCGGUGUGACCGACUCAACCACGCAGCUAGAGAUCAACAUCAUCUUGAACGCAUGGUGCCUGGUGGUAUCACUCGUCGGUACUUUGAUGGCUGAUAGACUUGGUCGAAAGACUCUUGCGGCCCUCUCACAAGGUUCCCUGACCGUCUUCAUCUUCAUCGUCGGCGCGUUGACAAAGGUCUACGGAACCACUUCCAACACUUCCGGCAUAUACGGCACCGUAGCCUCCAUCUUUUUGUUUCAGGGCUCGUAUAGUUUCGGCUGGACUCCUCUGACCGUCAUGUAUCCGCCAGAAGUCUUGAACUUCAGCGUCCGUUCCAUUGGCAUGAGUUGGUAUACCUUUUUAUCCAACGGCAUGGGCUUGAUGGUCACCUUCGCCUUCCCUUAUGCACUUGAGGCUAUCGGCUGGAAGACGUAUAUGAUCAACGGCGCCUGGGAUGUCCUGGCUCUUGUGGUAAUCUUGGUCACCUGGGUUGAGACUCGGGGUCGAACGCUUGAGGAGAUCGACGAGAAUUUGGACGGUGUGGUGCAUAGCGAGGUCCCGAAGCUGUCGACCAUUAUGGGUGUGCCUCAGGCCGAACGGGAAGGAAUCGUUGAUGCACUGGAUCUCUCAGCCGCAAAGGCGAUCGAGGCACAUGGAUCAGUGGUCGAAGUGCCAAAGAACUGA